GAAGGAAGGAAAUACGUUGAUUACUACAGCCGAGGUGUCAAUCCAUCCUAAUUUCUAAAUAUCUAGUGUCUAAUGGUUGCAGUUGUCCUACUAGCUGUAUAUCCGGAAUAAUCAUAGGAGGCGCCGCAGUUCUGGACCUCGGCUAUUUCCCAGUCGGGCCAGGCUGUCUGUCUGCCUCUCAGAAGUGACUGAUUAGUUAAUUAAUAUCCAAAAGGGCCCGCGCCUAUCAUAAUUAAUCCAUGUGUUCGCGUGCAGACCUUAUUAUCUGCAGUACCUAUCCAAGGCAUUUUUCCGAACUUGUUGUGCUGAGAAAGGCGAAACCACCGCUGGCGUCAUGCCGACUCUCUUCGAGCCCCCGCCCCUGGACGAGUCCAAGGCUCCGAUCGAAAACGUGCUGGAGUUAACGCCCGUUGUUGAUGUUGGGCCGGUAUAUCUUGUCUAUUCGAAAUACUUGUAUUGCUUUUUUCCAUCUUGUUCUCGCUAACACAUAUGCAUACCUGACAGGAUGUCUUCACGAAUACCCGUCCCCUCUGGCACCCUCCUGGUGCGCGAGGAAUCUUUGGCGGCGCAGCAAUCGCCCAGUCCCUCUCGGCAGCCAUGCGGACGGUCCCGCGCGACUUCGCCGUUCACAGCAUGCACUGCUACUUCGUAUUAGCGGGAGACUCAGAGAUCCCGGUCAUCUACCACGUGGAACGGGUACGUGAUGGACGAAGCUUCAUAACGCGCACGGUGCAAGCGCGACAACGAGGGCGGCCCAUCUUCACGACGACGUUGAGUUUCAGUAAGGUGAAUAGCGGGGGAAAGAGGAAGGUGGAACAUGCGACGCCAAAACCGGCCAUUCCUUCUCCCGAUGAACUGCCGUCUGGGACGGGGCACAAGGCACGGAUCGAGGUAGCUGGUGGUGGGCCUUUUGAGUCGCGGGUUGCGGGGAUUUCCAAUCGCGAUUCCCCCCGACCAGAAGACAAAAAGGUCCGACGCUUCCUCCGCGCACGAGGCAGGAUUUCCGAAGCAGGCGGCCACGAAGCGCAUCUAUCGGCCGUAGCCUACGCAUCGGAUAGCUUCUUCAUCGGGACUGUGAACACGAUCCACGGCCUACCCUUCAACUCACCGGCUCGUCUCAAGGCCAUGCUCCAGGUGCUGGACGGAGUAGAACUCGAUGGUAACGAUCCCGUCUCCCGGGCAUUGGGCCAGAUGGGCGAGGAAAGCAUCAGCGAUCUCCAAAGCCGGCUGGAGUGGGAGUUGGUCCGAGCGACGGAGUUGGAGAAACAGCAUAAGACGGCGCCUAGCAUGGUGGUCAGCUUGGAUCAUUCGAUUUACUUUCACAACCCGCUUGCGUUCCGGGCGGAUGAGUGGAUGUUGACGGAGAUGGAGAGUCCAUGGGCUGGGGAGGGGAGGGGUUUGGUGUUCCAGAAGAUCUGGUCUAGGGAUGGGACGUUGAUUGCGACGUGUACGCAGGAGGUAUGUUCAUGUCACUGCAUCUCUCUCUCUGUCUCUGUGUUUGUGUGUGUGCCUUUGCUGAUGAUGACAGGGAGUUAUACGAUUGAGUCAGGACGAACCUCGUUCAAAGAUAUAGAUGCGCCAGUAUUCUCAGCGGUGGUUUCUACUUGUUCUUUUGGUUAUUAUUAGCACUGCUCAUAGCAUAGGGUUCUUGACACACUGUGAUCAUACACAGCAGUUCAAUUCAAUUCAAUUCACCUUCAGAAGUCCAAGUGCCAAAACGCUCAGGCAGUUCUCGAACACCAGCACAGCCACUGUCGUCAUAUAGUUUUCUUUCUACUUAGCACUGGAUCUUCUUCAUUCUGUGAUCACGAAGUAAUGCAUCCCACCGGUCAACCCCCACUCUUCAUCCCACCAGGACGUGGAGAAAGUCUGCAGUCAUACAGACAGCUCAGCUCCGCAUGGACAUGGCACUUCC